AUGUGUUUACUUUUGAACUCCAAAAGAUCUUAGCUUUGCAGAAACUUCAAGAGCGAAGAUGAAAUAUCGCGCAGCAUGGCAGAUUUUCUUUCUUUUAGUGUUUGUAGGAUAUAUGUUUAUAUGGGUCAUGCUUCCUACAAAAACUUACAAGAGGUCAUGGUCUCUCGAAUUGAAUGAAAGACUCAGCUCCACAUACUUCCGGGAACAAGGGACGAAUCUUGUUUUAUUCAGUUUUCCUCUUAUGCUCACUGCUUUUUUGGGAUGUGUUUAUCUACAUCUCCUUAAGAAGUCGAAUUCUGAGAGUAGUAAGAGUUACUAUGAUUUCCUGAGACGUCCAGCAUUGGUAAUGGCGCCACUUGGGAUAGUCAACUAUGUGGAGCUAAUAUUUGCAGCCAUGUUUAUAAUACUUAUGAUUUGGUCUCUAGCAAAUUAUAUGUAUGUCAGCAUAAAGUACCCCUUCAUGAUGAUGGACGGAAUGCCCCAGUGGCAAACUAUCUUCCGUGGCGUAUCCCUGAGGCUUGGCUAUAUUGGAAACACAACUUGGGCCUUCCUAUUUUUCCCUGUGACGAGAGCAUCAUCAAUCUUGCCUCUCCUUGGCCUCACAUCGGAGUCUAGUAUCAAGUAUCACAUCUGGCUUGGCCAUCUUUCAAAUGUUCUUUUUGCUCUCCACAGCAUAGGUUUCGUUAUCUAUUGGGGGGCAAUGUCUCAUGAAAUGAUCUUGAUGCUUGAGUGGAGCAGUACUUAUCUGUCCAAUUUUGCUGGAGUCAUUGCAUUUGUGCUCUCUCUAGUGAUUUGGGCGACGAGCUUGGAUCGUGUUAGGCGAAAAAUGUUUGAACUAUUCUAUUAUGCCCACCAACUCUAUCUUCCCUAUCUCUUCUUCUACAUGCUUCAUGUUGGAGUGGCCUAUCUCUGCAUGAUUCUUCCUGGGAUCUUCCUCUUCCUUAUUGACCGACACUUGCGGUUCUUACAAUCUAGACGGCGUGCUAGGCUGGAUUCAACACGCCUUUUACCUAACGGCACCAUGGAACUGACCUUCAGCAAGGAUCCAGGGCUUUCUUAUACUCCCACAAGCAUCUUGUUCGUGCAUGUUCCAAGCAUCUGUAAACUGCAGUGGCAUCCUUUUACAGUGAUGUCAAACAGCAACUUGGAGACGAAUAAGCUAAGCAUCAUGGUCAGGAUCGAGGGAAGUUGGACUCAGAAGCUCUACAAACAGCUUUCUUCGUCUUUGGAUCAUCUUGAAGUGUCUACUGAAGGCCCUUACGGACCUGCUUCAUCUGAUUUUCUAAGCCAUGAGUCUUUGGUGAUGAUAAGCGGAGGAAGCGGCAUCGCUCCUGUCAUCUCCAUCAUACGCGAAAUCAUUUUCAGAAGUACAGAAUCCAACAGAGAGGUUCCGAACAUUCUCCUCAUCGCAGCCUUCAAGCACACAACCGAUCUAACCAUGCUUGAUCUCUUGCUUCCCUUAUCUGGCUCUCUAUUAGACAUUUCAAAGAUUCAGCUGCAGAUAGAAGCUUAUGUUACUCAAGAACAAGAAAGGCCCGUCGAGGAUGCCAAGAAUCAAAUUGAGACGAAGGUGCACAAACCAAGUCCAUCAGAUUUACCCAUAUCUGCAGUACUGGGGAAGAACAGCUGGCUGUGGCUUGGUGCGAUAAUCUCAUCCUCCUUUGUCAUGUUUCUACUGCUUCUCGGAUUUGUAACACGUUACCAAAUAUAUCCCGUGGAGAAAAGGGGAGAGAAUUACCAUUACAGCUUCAAAAUUCUGUGGGACAUGUUUCUUGUCUGUGCUAGCAUCUUUGUAUCAACUAGUGCCAUUUUCCUCUGGCAAAAAAAAGGUAUAUCUGGAGAAGGGAAGAAUCAGAUUGAAAAUGUUGAUCUGCCUACUCCAACGAGAUCACCCUCUUCUUGGUUGAGCGUUUCGGAUAGAGAACUUGAGAGCCUGCCUCAACAGUCUCUUGUUCAAUCCACAAAUAUACACUAUGGAGCACGACCCGAUCUCAAGAGGAUACUCCUUGGGUGCAAAGGAUCGGACGUUGGGGUUGUAGUUUCCGGGCCUAAAAGCAUGAGACAUGAAGUUGCAAGAACAUGUGCUUCUGCUUCAGCCAAAAACCUCUUUUUCGAGUCCAUCAGCUUCAACUGGUGAUGAAUGUAAUGCUGCUGCAGAAACCUAAUUUAUUGUUGUAAAGAAGGAAAGGAUUGAGAUUGUGGUUUUACUUGUUUGUCUGUUAUAAUCAGCAAUGUGUGUAUACAGUUUAUGCUUGAUUAAAAUUGAAGUUGCUCAAUCUGUUUGAUUGUAAUACAUGUGAAGUUUUGGUUUUUAGUCUGUGGUUGGUUCAUGACGUUAUUUUUGUGUGAAUGUGAUAAAUUGAUAUGUAUAAAUUUUAGCAAUUUGCUAAGGGAUCUUGCCUUCUAGUUUAACUAUGAAAAUUAAUAAUUUUGACC